GCAGCUUUCCAGCCGGUCGUCGUGAAGGUGUGUUUUUUGCUCGGCCAAAACGUAUAGCCGUAAUAAUUAUUAAAAGUGAUUGAUAAAAGAGCCGGCAUACUUGGUGUGUUAAUCAGACGAUUUGAUACUGUAAAUCAAAUCAAUUAACGACUGAAGAGUUAUUGUUAACGCAACAAAUAAAAUUUGACAAAAAUAAGCGUCUGUCACGGUUGUGUGAGAGAGAAGUAAAAGAAGACGAGUGUGAACAAGAACGAAAGAUUUUACAGCCUUGUGACAUAGGCUUCCCUCUCUCUCUAAUCGUUAUUAUUACAUUAGAAAAUUUCACUUAAGACGCUCAUAUUAACGGCCUUCCUACAACGAAAGUAAAAAGUACAUUAGGGUUGACUUCAUAAGAAUGCCUGGUGAUUAAAGGGUCUAAAGUAAGUUGAUUCCGGAAGCGGCGACAACUCGUCUCCGCUGUUCUCACCGGAGAAAUGGUUCCUUGCACAUGGUGACAUCUUUGCAGAAAAACGAGAAGAAGGAGAACGUGAGGAUGGCGACGGUUGAGGAAAAAAAACGAGUGGCAGGAUCAAAAGUGUCUGCCAUAGCCAAUAUUUUUCAAUCUAAACCACAACAUGAAGGUCUAACUCAUCAUAGACCCACAACAAUUCAUCCGGAGGGAGGAUUUAAGGAGCCAACUACACCUCUUUCAGAUUCUCCAACUCAGGUGACUGUUGUUAGGACAGAGAGUCAUGUUGCCAGGUUCAAUAAUGCUCGGGCAUUGUUUGAAAAGCUGGGGGAAGAAAACAAAACUAAUAGGCCAUUAACAAAACCAACUAAUUUUCAUGGACUGAGAUCGCGUUCCAGCUCAGCAAACUCUGGAUCUGGUUGUACAUCACCUGCCAGAUCACCAAGACCAACAUCACCUUCACCACCAGGCAGUUGUCGAGACCAUCUGAGUAAUUGGAGUGCUAGUGUGCCAGCUUUAAACGCUGAACGUCACUUUGAAAAUGGCCAUCAUGCUGCAGACAAUGCAGUACAACGGUUGAAGCCUCGUGUCGGAGUUAUAUCGAAGUUUGAAAAGAACUACGGUAAAGAAAACCGUCGAGAUGAAAAGCCAGAUCGCCCAGAGAAGCCUGAGAGACGUUUAAAUUCGAAAGAAUUGAUAGAAAAGCAAAGAAAUUGGACAAGUCAUUUUUCUAAAACACGACCUAGUCGAUAUAACUCGGAUCCUAAUCGAUCUGUAGUUCAGACGUCUAUUCAAAAUAAUUUAAAAAAGGUGAUCGUCGAUAAUUCAACUAUAGAUACAUCAAUCGAGUCUGAUUAUCAAGAGAUUGAGUUUAAAAAACCAACAGAACCAUGUCCUGCGACGAGAUCUGCAAGUUUCUGUUCAUCGAGGCCAUCACCAACGAUAUCACCGCCACCACCUUUGCCGCCAAUGCGAAAUUCUUCAGUUGUAAAGAAAGAAAGACCUGUAAGUUUUGCAGCAACGAGCCCAACUGGUUCAGAAUCUCCGGUAAGUCCGGAGUAUGCAACUAUCAACAGAUCUUUUGAUGCUUCUCCUACAAUCCCAGAGUAUGCUGUUGUUCAAAAAGGAGUUAACGCAAAGCAAACUUCUAAGCCAAACGAGCCAAUGCCAGAAUAUGCGACAGUACAGAAACCUUUAGGAUCAAAGAAACCUUUAGAAGCAUCAAAAUUAGGUACAAAAGAUUCGAAAUCAGAAAUCACUCCUAUAUCAAGUAGUAAAAAUUCUAGUCCCACUAUUCAACCUCUUGCUCGAGAAAGAUCUAAGGGCUUAUGUCCAGAGCUUGAAAAAGUUGAAUAUGACAAACAAGAAUUGCUUGAAGUUGAUGACUAUCCCAUUCUUCCUUCAAGUCCAAUUCAUGCACCACCAAAAACUUCUGAAUGGCGUAAUGUUUGGCUUGCAAAGAAUGAAGAGAUUUUAAAAAAUGUCUCAGAAUUGAAAGAACCUGUUACAGAAGUGAUUGAACGAGUGAGUUCUAGACCAGAUUGGGCUAAACCUAAUGUAAACAUUGAAUCUAGCACGGAAUCAAAACGAUCGAAAUCGCCAGAAAAUGAAUUGAGACCACCGUCUGUCGGUACUGACAGUGCUUCUUCAAGUAUGAGUUCACCUAGUUCUCCUUCUAAGGACAGUAAAGAAGAGAAGGCUGAAAAAGAGCUGCCAGAGAAGCUACAAUAUGGACGCAACAGCUAUGAUCUAGAGGCGGAGACUGUUGAUCAACCAAAUGCUUAUGCUGAGGUAGUAAAAUGUGAAGAAGAGGAGGAAGAAGAGGAAGAGGAGGUUGGCAAUGCGGAGAAGUUUGUUGAAACUGAUGCAGCUACGGUUGUCCGACGAUCUCAUGUACGUAUGGACAUGCCAGCUGCUGGCCUUGGUCAACGACCACCCUCUGUUAUUAGUUCAGAUCAAGAAUUUCCACCCUUGGAACAUAAAGAUAUACCAGUGCCAUCACCUUAUGCUAAACGAAUGCAACAACAACAGCAACAACAACAACAACAACAACAGCAACAGCAACAACAACCACCACCAGCAAAUCAAGAUGGAAAACCACAAACUCAGCCAAAAUCUGAGAUAGUGUUGGGUAUUAAAUUAAAUUUGGAACAAAAAGAAAAAUUAAAAACACAAAAUUUAGAAAAUCAAGUGACGAACUCAGUGAUUGAAGAACAAACGCGUAAAACAUCGCGAGUUAUUAGUGUUAAAAAUGCUCUGGAAAAAGAGAAACAUGCGAAUGAUAAACGGUGCCAAAAGACAAUUUCUAAUGCGAAAAAUGAUCAAACAAAAAUGUCAAUGAGGGAGAAAUUAGCAAAAAGCAAAGAUGAAAUGGUUGAAAAGCGGUCAAGCUUUACAGAGGUUGAGAGACCAAUGAGUCAAUCGUCAAAUCUUCCGACCAGUCAAUUUACUAGUAAUUUAUCUGAACAACUUGAGAAUAAAGAUAAGGUCAAUAAUGUUUCUUCGAAAAAUAAUUUAACUAUUGAUGUGACUGACAAAGCAAUUGCUGAAGAGACUGAACAGUUAAAAACAACGUGGGAAUUGGAAAAACAAAAAGCUGAUCAAUUAGCUGCACUAAGAUCGUCUGAGAAUAAUUAUCUAGACCCAUCUAGGUUUCCUCAUAAAUCUCUUUUAGUAUCUUCCGUAACGACUUCUCAUCUUCCAACAAAAGAUGAUACUGAGCAGAGAGAAUCGGAAAAUAGUCUUGUUGAAGACACAGAUUCAAGUGAUUCAAAAACAGUAACAAAUUAUGAAAAUACUCCUGAAUUAAUUCAUGAUCAUUCAAGCAAAAAAUAUGAAACACCAACAAAAUCUAGUAUACCACCAAAUACCGUGACUCCAGACACAAUGACUGCAGAUGAAGCCGAGAACCUUUUGAGUUCACAAAUUCUCGAGAAAAAGAUUCGUCAAGGAUCUGCUUUGUUGUCUGAUGAAGAGGCUCAGGAAAUUGCAAGGUUAUUGUCUCCAACAACAGUCGAGCCAUCGACGGAAGCCAAAUCCUUUGAUAAAGAUAAAGAGGUAGAAAAAGAAAAGGAGAAGGAGGAUUUAGAUAAUACUCCAGACUGGUUAUCAGAUGUACUUUCAGCACAAGAUUCAAGUCUUGUUAAUAGUACUGCACAAGAUUAUAGCCUUUCUCACCGAUCUCGAAGUGAUUUAACGAUAGACUCAUUGACAGAAAGCCAAAUCGGUUCCGUUACAGGUAGUGAAAGUGGAUUAUUAGGAUCUGUUAGUAGUUUGAAUGAUACCCAUACAACUAAUGAUGAUACUGAAACAGAACAGCGGGAUGAAUGUACUCCAACACCUGGAAGAAUUAUUUUAGUGGAAGAUGGAAAGCACUUUUUUGAAGAUGGUCAUUUCUGGAUGGAAGCUGAUGGUCUUCCGGAGUCUGAUGAUGAAGAUUCAGGUGGAGUUAUUCCAAAGAAAAACUCAAAAGUUUCUUUUGACACACGUCCUAUAAGAAUAUAUUCAACUCAUUCAGUUAAUGAAUAUGAUCGACGUAAUGAAGAUGUUGAUCCAGUUGCUGCAAGUGCAGAAUAUGAAUUGGAAAAACGAGUUGAAAAAAUGGAGGUCUUUCCAGUAGAAUUAAUGAAAGGGCCUGAAGGUCUUGGUUUGAGCAUUAUCGGAAUGGGUGUUGGAGCAGAUGCCGGGCUAGAAAAACUCGGAAUUUUCGUGAAAACAAUUACCGAGAAAGGAGCGGCAGCACGUGAAGGAAGAAUCCAAGUGAAUGAUCAGAUAGUUGAGGUUGAUGGUAAAUCUUUAGUUGGUGUAACACAAGCUUAUGCUGCCAAAGUUUUAAGAAAUACUUCAGGAUUAGUACGUUUUGUUAUUGGUCGAGAACGUGAUCCGAAAAAUUCCGAAGUGGCGAUGUUGAUUCGACAAAGUCUUCAAGCUGACUUGGAACGUGAACAAGCAAAUAAUGCUGCUAAUAGGAAACUCAACUUCUCAGACACAUCACAAGAAGGACCACCACGAGAAGAACAUCCUCCAGAACCUGGAAAUAGAAUAGGUCAUAUUCCCGGUUCUCCAGCAAUGUCAUCUUGUUCAGAAGGUGAACCUCCACACAGUCCGAUUGAAAGUUAUAUAACUUCAAAUACACGAAGCAGAUCACCAAUUAUUAGCUCAUCUGGAGGAAUUUCAACACAAAACGAUCUUGACAGUCUACGAGCUCUUCUCCAAGAGAGUCAAUUUAAGCUAGCGAUUGCUGAUGAUGAAGUGGAAAAGCUCAAAACGAAGCUGAUGGAGUUGGAGAAUAGCGGGGCUGGAAGUGAAGAAUAUGCGGCAAAACUUCGAGAAUCAAGGCUACGAUUGCAUGAGGUAGAAAGAACGUUGGGUCUAACAAAGCAAGAGCUUUCAACGACACGAGAGAUGCUAUCUCAAGCUACAGCACAAACAACAACAUUGCAGCAAAAAUAUGCCCGAGCUAAGCGUGUUGCACGUGAGCUCAGAACUGAUAUCGUAGCAAGGGAUGAAUUUUACCAGCAAUUACUUCAAGAAAAGGAUACAGAAUAUAAUGCGCUCGUAAAAACCUUGAAAGAUCGGGUAAUUAAAUUAGAAUUAGAACUAACGGAAACUCACACACGAUUUGGUCUACCAGUGCGGUUACCUUACGAUGGCGCAACCAAAGGAAUAGUAACACCACAAUUAACGAGACGUCAAUUACCUCCACCACCUUCAUCGGUGAGCUGUCAACUAUCAGACACAGAAACAUCUGAUCUAAGCAGUCCGGAUGAUGGAGAUAAAACAGCUACUGUAGAAAGAAAACUUCCACUUCCAAUUCCUAUCAAAGAGGAACUAGACCGUGCUGUACCAGCUCAUCGGCUUUUAGACAAUUCAGCAGGAAAAAGUAAAGCUGAAUUGGCAAGCAGAGGUGGGCUUGCAAAUCGCCAACUUCCAAAAAGGUCAGGAGGGUUGAGUAAUAGCAGUUCUGACUAUGGUUUAGAUGAGUCUGGAGAUAAUACAGACACUGAAGAUUCCUCGAAAAUGGGGCUGUCACAUGAUACUAGUACUAGGUCCAACGAGUCAAUUAAACAUUCAAACUUGAGCUCUUAUUCAAGCAGUUCAUCAAUAAGUUCUCAAAAGGGUAAACAGUAUUUUGAAUCAACUCAUUCAACUAUUCGUCAACAUAGCACGAUAAGUUCUCAAGUACGAGCAAUGACAGAGCAAAGUUGGUCUGCUACACAGAAAGGCUUAGUUGAUCAUUCGCCAUCUUUAACUGAACAAUUAAAAAAAGUUUUGGCAGAAAGAGAGAGACGAUUAGGCGGCAAUGAUUUAUCGUCAUCUCGUGAAAAUUCAGGUGACUUUACAGAUUUAAAUAAUCCUCACAACGACCCAGCUUCAGUUGGACACAAUCUUGUUGAAGAAAUAAGGCAAGCUGUAAAUGAAGCGAGCCAACGAGUUAAAAUUGCUUCAAUACCAAUGGCAACUGUUGGCAGUGGAAGUACACCUUGGCAUCAUCAAGGAGGUUCACCAUCUAGUUUAUCGUCUGGCGGUUCUAUUAGUCCAACUGCAGUUGAGCCCAGUCCGUCCAAAAUCGGCAGUGUAGAUUCUGCAGAAGUUUGGAUGCCACCUAAUCCUAAUGAGUUCGGUUUGGAAAAAAAAUCUCUCUUUUGGCAAACUGCUUCAAUUACUGACUGGUCUAAAGAACAAGUUUGUCAAUGGUUGACUGGAAUUGGUUUGGAGCGAUUUACUUCACGGUUUGCGGACAAUGAAAUCAAUGGAAGCAGUCUUUUACGAUUGGAAUCACGUGAUUUGAAAAGUUUGGGCAUUUUUGGUGAUGAAAAGGCUCACCUAAAGCGAAAAUUGAAGGAGUUAAGAAGCCAAGCUGAGCGUGAACGCAAAGAACGUAAAGAAAUUGAACGAAUGCGAAGAAAGGCUGAAAAAGCAGCUGCAAGAAAAAAAUAAAACAAAAUAACAAUGAAAUAAAAGAACGAUAAAAUCGCUCACUGUUUUAAUGUAAAUUGCAAUAAUAUUUGUGUGUUAUUUUUAUAACUAUUUAGCAUGUUAUCUAAAUUUUUGUGCUACUUUAAGUGGUACCUUUACACAAGUUUCCCUGUGGGAUACUUGACUAUUUUUUUAUUCUGCGUUCUCGUAAUCGUUCUGUUUCUUUCAAGACGAAGCUAUUGUUUUCUGACAAUCGUGAUUGUUACAUUAAUAUUUUUGUAUUUAUCGUUAUCAAUGCCAUUGUCAAACUAUGGUUGAUUGAUUGAUUGAGUUUGUUAUACUUGUUUUAACGACCAAUAAGCCAUUUAGUUUAUUUUAUUAUUUUUAUUGAGUUUUUUUUUUUUUUUAAACAAACAUGCAUACCUUGUAUACUUGCAUGUUUUAAUAAAAAAAAAUAAGGACAAUUUCGUCAAAUAAGAAGACUUAAAACUGAAAUGCAAAAAAAAAUUAUGAUAAAAGAAAUGAAAAAAUGUAGUAUUUCAUACAUGUGUAUACAUCGAUUAAGUUUAUUUAUUUUUGACAAGAUAUUAUGGUAUUAUUCCUCUUGAAUAUUACUUUAAUUAAUUACCGUACUAAUUUUAGUAAAAAAGUACUAGAUGAAUUAUUAUUUCUUCCAUCAGUGUAUUGUACGUAUUUAAAACAGAAUGUCAACGAAAAAUUUGUCUAAAAAGACACCAAGUGUCGAUAUAGUUGAUAGUUUAGAAUGUAAUGAUUUUUAGAGAAUGAGAAUAGAAACUGAACGGACAAGUGAAAACGUUAAAUAACAUUCUUUGCGUUAUAUUUUACAAUUUUGCUCAAAGAAUCCUUCAUAUCAUAAACUGGACAAGGAAAUGAAUUAAAGUAAACACUUUAAGUCGCGCAUCUUUCUUCCAUUACUAGCUUUUUCUUCCCGACUUCGGUAACUGAGUUACUUAACAUGUAUAUCAGACAUUCCGUAACGGAUUCGUGAGAUAUUGAAUGUCGAUAUUUAAUAGACUAUCCAUUUUUCUGCAUUUUUUAAUGAUUACAUGAACAAUACCAAUAGAUCAUACUAAAUCAAUUUUUGUGAACAAUGCAAAAUAAAAAGUUUCGUAGUCAAAAUGAGAUAUCAAAAGUCAAUCAAUUAUUAUCUCAUUUCGAUUCGAUAUCAACGUAUUUAUAUUAGCCAUAAGUUUAUCUUAUAAUAAUUCUCAGAACAUAUUCUUAAUUAUCCAGUUUCACUAGUAUCAUCUCAAUUAUAUUUAACAAUUAAUUAGAAAUUGAAAUCUAAUUACUGGAUAAUUAGAAUACUCGUCAAUCAGAAAAAAAGGUAUUGUGUAAAUAAUAUACAUAAUGGAUAUAUAUAUUGAAUAUAUAUUUAACGGUAAUUUUUUUUUAUGAUAAGAAAACAACAGAAAAAAGUAAUUAUAAAUUUAAGAAAAAAAUGCAAAACGAUAGUGUCAUAAUAGUUCAUUUUAAAAGUAAAUGUUUUAAUUUAAUGACACAGGUGUUCAUUAUACACACAAGUUUUAAAAUUUUUUAUAUUCAAAUAAGAAAUCAAACAAAAAAUGCCACGAUUGUUUUUGUACGAGUAUUAGCAAUUAUAACCAAUUGCUGACACUCAUUAUGCGAUUUUUGAACAUUUUUAACAGGCGAAUUGUGAUUAAUUAUGUAUAUUUUUUUUUAAAUUGAUACUAUUAUACAAGUAUCACUGAAUGAUAAAAAUGACUUAAUUUUUAUG